AUGUUCAGGACCAACGACUACGAUGGAACGAACGAACAGUUCGGUCCGACAUGCGCCAUGGCCACGGCGAAUUUCGGCGAUCCAAAGGAAGAAGCACGUUCGGAAGGAGAUGCCAUCGCAUCUCUAGACAAGGUGGUGGCCGGGCAACUCAUAUGCUGUGCCAUGUGCGCCUUGCAUAGAACGCGGUCGGAUGAACAGGUCUUUGCGUGCUGGCGAUCUGAGACCGAAAGCAGUCGGCUUCUGAGAUCACGAUCCGGAAAGGGAGGCGAGAGGACAUCAACCUUCGACAAGCACCAUAUGUCGACACGUCCCAAGACGGCCGAUGAAGGCGCACGCGAGUCAUCGGUGUAUCCACACCAUAAAAUGGCGCCAUUGGAAUCCCCCGUUCCUGGUAGUCGGAAUUCGGAGAAUGAGGAUGUGGUUGAAUUCGAGCAUGAUGGAACUCCGAGAGAGCCUUUCCCAGGAUCUCCGUGUACUCCAUGUACACCAGAAAAGGUUUCGAACGCCUCGUCAGUGCGUGAGGUCAAUGACGAGACGUUGGACAAUUGGCGACUAUCCUCUUCGUUGAAAGACCCUCGUAUCGGUCCUGCAGCUCAAACAUCACAGCGCCCGGGUGUCGAGAACAUUAGCUGGCUGCCACGUCGGUUACUGCUGAAGUUGGUUCGCAACAGAUUUCUAACGACCAAGCGCUGCAGUGACAAUCUCUGA